ACUAUUGACAUCAUUUUGCCAUGGUGCUUGAAAACCGUGGGGUCACCUUCGGUGUGCAUGACUUUGCAUCAUCCGCAUCCCGGUCACGGCAGGACUACCAUGUGUUGAAAACAACCUCGGUGGGAGACACUCGAGCGCGACUGUUUGGGACUGGAGCAGAUGAAGGCACCUUCAAUGCCAGCACCCGAGCAGUGAGCUAUGGAACACGUGGCCAUGAUCCGAAAGGAGAGUACGUCUUGCCUCAGCGUGGCACGUUGGAGAUGUUGACUGCAGAGGCGACAUGGCCCAGCAGUGUCACUGGUGGCUUCGUCAUUCCAUUCCAAGGUCAACCGAGGUCCCAGAGUUUGUAUCCGACCGAGCGGACGCGACGAGUGGGUGCUUUGGGCCGGAAUAUCGUCGGGAAUUGCACAAUCAAGGAUGAGGGCUUCUACUACCACGGCCCCCACAGCCACCACUAUGGCAACAACAGUGGCUGCCGUUCAACCCUGCAGUAUCGGCCGGAGAGGUGAAACCUCCGAAGGUCCACGGCCUAGCCAAGUCGCAGUUCUUCUUGAUGCUGCGAUGGCGGGUAAAACAUGCUAUGCGCUCCCUGGCCUGCUGUACUAGAGCCUAGGAAUGCAGGCACGCAGCCUGGCAACUGUGAAAACCUGACCCUGGCAGAAGUGAGAGGUACUGUCACAUUUCAAUGGGAACCCACGCGCAAGACAGUUCAAUGUAGUUCAUACAUUGUUCAUACAUACGUAACUUGGGAUGACCAUGAGCGUGCAAGUGAUCGGG